CUGCAGGGGGACUUAGCACCGUCGUAUUUGACUAUUUGUGCGUACAGUGAGCGAAGACAGGUUAGAGAUGCCCGUGGAUAUUUCCCAGUGGAACGGACCUCUGUGCCUCUCUGAUGUGGAUGAGAAGCCAGCACACCCACUGAAAGUCUGCUAUGGGACACUGCGUGUAGAAGAGCUGGGGCAAGUGCUGACACCAACGCAGGUUCAGCAUUGUCCAACGAUUGAAUGGGAAGGCAUGGACCCAAGGAAACUGUACACUGUGGCGCUAACUGACCCUGAUGUGCCCAGCAGGAAGGAAUGCCAUUUAGGGGAAUGGCAUCACUUACUGGCAGUUAAUGUGAAAGGCAAUGAUCUCAGCACUGGCUGCAUUCUCACUGCUUACCUUGGGUCUGCACCUGCUAAAGGGACAGGUCUUCACAGAUACACCUGGCUGGUUUAUGAGCAGACUGGGCCAAUAAAUUGUAAUGAGCGCAUUUUGGGUACCACUUCUGCGGAUCAUCGAGCCCAGUUUAAAGUGGCUGCUUUCCGUAAAAAGUACAAGCUUGGAGCUCCCAUUGCUGGCGCCUGUUACCAGGCGGAGUGGGAUGAUUUUGUUCCCACAUUGUACAAAAUGUUGGGGGUAGAGUAACGUUGACAUUCUGUUUUCUGAUGGCUACUUUUGCUGUGAAACCAUUAAAAUAAAAUAUAAAAACUUUGCAGCUUUUAGUGAGUUGGAUUAGAUAACAAAUGUGUGUAUUUUACAUUAAUAACUUUGAAAUCAAUUAUAAUCCUAUAGAAAAGCUUAUCAUAUUAUUUGUCUACAAAAAUUCCAAUAGAUUUUAAUUGUGAAUUCUGUUAAAAAAAUCAUUAGAUGCAUUUUUCUAAAAGAUUGUGAACAAUACAUUUUUUUAUGAGAUUGCUUACGGAUUUUCUUUUCUUUUUGUAUUUAGUACAAAAACUGUUAAAGUAAUUGCGUAUUAAAAUGUCUUUAAUAAAAAAUACAAAAUUAUAAAUAAACACGUUUAUUGCAAAUAUAA